ACGGAGCAUCCACAUUGUUUCCCAAAAAAAGGGGAAAUUACCAUUUCUGCCGUAAAGGUUAAAAAGAGUGGUCACUUUUAUCACUUGCCAGAUUCGAUGAUCGUGAGUAAGGCUUUUGCAUGUAACAGUAAGAAGAACAGAUUUAUAUUUGUUGAUGCUACGGUGAAAGCUAAGAAGGCUGCUUGUUCAAACCCUGAUGAUGAGUUGCUCGAGAAAAAGACUGAGAUUACCAAUGAUCCCACUAUUGAAGAAGAACCUCUGAACACCCAAGGAGCUGAAAAGAAGAAGUCAAAGAAGAGGAAGAUUAAAAACUCAGAUGCAACUAAAAGUAGUCGAAAGAAAACCUCGGAUGAGAGUCUAAAGUUAUGUGGAGGAGUAAAGGUUAAUGUUGCUACUGAAUCUUGUGCAAAAGCAAAAGACAUUGUAAGCAGUGAUGGCAUUGGUGAUGUUGGAGAGAAUCAACAAACUUUUUCAAACACUGAUGAUGAGUUGCUUGAGAAACAGACAGAGAUUACCAAUGAUCCCACUAUUGAAGAAGAACCUCUGAACACCCAAGUAGCUGAGAAGAAGAAGUCAAAGAAGAGGAAGAUUAAAAACUCAGAUGCAACUAAAAGUAGUCGAAAGAAAACCUCGGAUGGGAGUCUAAAGUUAUGUGGAGGAAAAAAGGUUAAUGUUGCUACUGAAUCUUGUGCAAAAGGAAAAGACUUUGUAAGCAGCGAGAGAGAUGGCAUUGACGAUAUUGGAGAGAAUCAACAAACUUUUUCAAACACUGAUGAUGAGUUGCUUGAGAAAAAGGCAGAGAUCACCAACGACCCCACUAUUGAAGAAGAACCUCUAAACACCCAAGUAGUUGAGAAGAAGAAGUCAAAGAAGAGAAAGAUUAAAAACUCAGAUGCAAAUAAAAGUAGUCGAAAGAAAACCUCGGAUGAGAGUCUAAAGUUAUGUGGAGGAGUAAAGGUUAAUGUUGCUACUGAAUCUUGUGCAAAAGGAAAAAACAUUGUAAGCAGCGAGAGAGAUGGCAUUAACGAUAUUGGAGAGAAUCAACAAACCUUUUCAGACACUGAUGAUGAGUUGCUUGAGAAACAGACAGAGAUCACCAAUGAUCCCACUCUUAAAGAAGAAGUUUUGAAAUCCCAAGUAGCCGAGGAGAAGGAAAAGAUGAGAAGGUCUGAUACAAAGAAAAGUAGUCGAAAGAAAAGCUCUGAUGUUGCUUCUGAAUCUUGUGCAAUAGGAAAAGGAAAAAACUCGACGCAGAAGAGGACUGAGUCACAAGUUGAACAUGUGUCUGCAGAAGAAAAGAAGAAUUUGGAAUCUUUGUGUAUGUCAGAUAGUCCUAGCUUCGUGGCCUCUGUCACUGUCUCGAAUCUAAAGAAAAAUUGCUUGUAUCUUCCAAAGAAUAUUUCAAGAUCCAACAUACUGACCGGAAGAUUCGAUGAGAUAAUUCUGAUGGACAAACAUGGAAGAAAAUGGACAUCAGGUUUAUAUUGUAGGAAAUCAUCUGGUGAAGUUUACAUCACACGUGUAUGGAGAAGUUUCUGUGAGGCUAAUGGUCAGAAAGUCGGAUGUUCCUUCGUAUUUAAGCUGGUCAGUAACAGAACAUCACCUUUGCUGAUUAUGACAUCUGAAGAGACUACAUAGAAAAGAAAUACUCGCAGGAAGAGGUGGUGUAGGAAAAAACUGUUUUGUGAUGUUAAUGUUUUGGAAGCUGGAGGAGGAUUCUGUUUGAUGUUAGAUGUAAUCUUUUGGAGAAAAUACCUUUGUUUGAAUGACCACCUUAUCUUUUAAGAAUUCCUCCUCUUUGAUGAAUACCUUUCUCUGAUCGUUACAUAUUGAUCAAAUGAGCAGAGCUAAGUUUAAAAUCAUGAGCCUGAAGGUGAAAGAUCCAUUGGACUAUGUGCCUGAGCUGAU